AUGGAGUCCCGUUUUGCACCGCGUUUUCUCGCCAAAAGCGUGUGUAUAGUUGACCGGUACCGAUUCAUUGAAACCUCCCUCUCUUGCUUGCCAACCUGUGCUCCACUCGCCUCGUCCCAACAGGAUGCCAUUUCCGCUCCAUUCGGUACCGGCUGCGGUGCCGCCGAGCUCUGGUCGUCCGACCCUCUUCAUCGGACCUACCCCGCCGAGGCAACAUCUCCCGAGGCUGCGCCCGAUUGGUCCUUGCCAGUCCUCGGCGCCUGGUCCGACUCCGCGCCGGGACUCGCCUACCCGCAGGCCCACGCCUCCACCGACCCACGCGGUCCAACCCAGGCCGGCCCUGGUCCAGUCGGCUGGGCCCCUCUGCCGAGCCGCCCUCUUCUGCCCCCCUACAGCAUUCUGAGCCUGAGCCCGAGUCCCGGUUCCGCCUCCAUAGACAGCCUGCUCGCCGGUCCACAUGGACAGGCCGGAGGCGCCGCCACGCCGAAAUCCUCUCACUCCACCGUCACCGGCUACCCCACCUUCUACUCGAGCCUCGAGUCCGGUCUCUCGACUUCCCGGCCGUCUCUGGCCCACGACCUUCUGCCCAGCCUCUACUCCCACUCUGUCUCGCCCCCCUCUUCUGCGGCACCGUCUUUCCCGCCUCUUCUUCCUGCCCCGGUGCCGCCCUCCUCUUCUCCCUCCGCCCCGCCGCACCAUCUGCUUCAAGCGACCCCCUCUUCUUCCCUCCAUUCGGCCAACGCCGAGCCAGACACCUUCCACGACCUCGCACCGGCCGAUCGGCAUUCGACGAUGCCCGACCCGCCCGGCUUUGUGAGGCCGACCAGAGAGGAGGCGGCCGCCGUCCAGACCAGACAAAAGUAG